AUGUCGGUCACGCUACACACAAACCUAGGCGACCUGAAGAUCGAAGUCUUCUGCGAAAGCAACUUCCUCGCCCUCUGCGCCUCAAACUACUACGACGCAUCCCCCUUCCACCGCCUCAUCCCGAAAUUCAUGGCCCAGACCGGCGGCCCCGCGAACCCGACCCCCGAGAACCCCAAGGGCGGCCGCUCCAUCUGGGGCGGCCCCUUCGAGGACGAGAUCCGCCCGGCCCUCAAGCACGCCUCCCGCGGCGUCGUCUCCAUGGCCAACAAGGGCCCCGGCACCAACGGCUCCCAAUUUUUUAUCCUCUUCGACAAGGCGCCCCACCUCGACGGCCUCAACACCGUCUUCGGGCGCCUCAUCGGCGACGACAGCACCGUCACGCUCGCCAGGAUCGAGGCCGUCGAGGUCGACAGGAAGAACAGGCCCAAGGAGCCCGUCAGGAUCGAGAGGAUUACGGUGCAUGCUAAUCCGCUUGCCGGGUAA